AUGAGUCAACCUCGCCGAGUUGUUUAUAAAGUGCGAAGUUUCGUGUUUCACAUGUGUAAUGCUCUCGAAAUAUUGCACGCGCUGAGGGUGUGGGUCCCUGCAGCGUGGAUGAAAUUAGCUGCACCGCCAUUCUGACCAAUAUGCGGUGGGCAUUGUUGCGGCCGAGGAAGAGAAACACACUUGACUGCAAAGUUAAAGAGAAGCGCAGAAGAGAAGAUAGCGGCUGCCACGAGACCGGUCGCUGAGCUCUUACUGGCUACGAGGCGAACCUUACAAGAACACCUGACAGCGCUAUCACAGCAAUCCCAGAACAAAACAGCGGUGCUGUUCUCACAGCUCUACCGCACUCAUGCUGCAAGAGCUCACGGACCACUCGCCACGCUGUACGACGAUAUUAGGACAUUACUACGUUCGAAUCCUGAAGCUGAAGAUGUGAACGGCGACGUCCUAGGGUCUCCGCCUCCAAGAGAGAUGGCACAGAGCACAAAGAAAUUCUUCCGAGACGUAUUUCCAGUUGCCUAUCAGAAUGUGUUGAGGCUGGACGCGAAAGAAUUCACGACGGCAUAUGAGGCGUGCUUGAAAGACGCGUAUGACGCUGUACAGCCGUUUGGCGAUGUACCGGAACAGUUGGGUGCGUCUCUAUCAAAAUCUUUGGAAGCUGCACGAGCGCUGCUUCAAGUACUUGCAGUUGGAGCCGGGGCACUGACAGCCAGCGAGAAAGUUGUUAGCAUAAACGAUGAAUGCGCCACCAAAUUGCUCCUAUUAGAAGGCUGUUCUCGAUGUAAGGGCUUCGAAGUCAGUCCCUGUAGAAAUUAUUGUCUUAACGUCGCAAGAGGUUGCAUUGGUUCAACGAUAUCUGAACUGGAUGCACCCUGGGCUGGAUACGUGGAAGGAGUAGAGAGGCUCGCGAGAGCAGACGCAGAUGCUGCGCUUAGAGCUCUGGACGCCAGGGUCUCGGAAGCAAUUAUGCAUGCUUUGGAGAACCAUGUCAUAUUGGAAAAAAAGGUUCGCCAAGAAUGUGGUCCACCUUCAACCAUUGAUGCUCCAAAUCUAGCAUCCCCCCAUCCUACGCCAGGAUCAUCCAGACGGGAUGCUCUAAGAGCGCCACCACCAGACACGGAAUUACUCCAGUUUGCUGCGACCCUAGCUGCCAGUAAGAAACUGUUCGCCGUGCUGUCGGAUAGACUGUGCGAUGAACCGAAUUUUGCUGCAGAAGGCAAUGAAUAUUGCUGGAACGGUGUUAGUGUUGCAGAGUACACCAAGGCGUUAGUCGCAUCGGCGUCAAUAAGUGAUCAGAAAUAUAAUCCUGAAGUUACCUCGGAGACAUACCAGAACGCCAAAGUCGCCGUACUAGGUGAAAGGUUGCGUCAAGCUAGACAGCUUUUGGUGUCGCACUCAUGGAGCGAUAGCGUCCCGGCAGCUGAAGCCUUCAUGCAGGGCGAUGAGGCGGGAGAUGAAGGUUCAGGUUCUGGUCGCCUUUACACGGACGACGACGCAUCCUACGACGCAGAGGGUUCCGGGGAAGAAGGUUCUGGAGCACAGGAUGUUGCAAGUCGGACAAUAACCAAUGAAGAAACGACAUAUUCAGCGCCACCCAAAGUAAGUGGAUCCGCAACUAAUUCCAGAUUCUUCUUCGGAUACACGCUCUUGAUACUAAUGUCGGCCUUAAACUGUCUUUAA